CACAACUCAACGCCUAUCGAAGUCUAGAAUUUAUCAUAAGGAAUAAUAUGAAAAACAUUAGAAGAACAACAAAUCCUCCGUUCCAUCGACGUCGGUGCUUGUGCACUAAUUAAACUGAAUGUGCCUGCAUGGCGGAUGCAAACUUAAGAACGUUAGGUGACAACAAACUGCAUGUGCUGCCUCUCUCUGCAGUGGUUGUCAUCAUUAGCACCAGAGCAACCAGCGCUGGCACUCCCAUAAAAUAAAUUCCACCGGGCGACUGUCUGUGUCUGAAUGCACCAAAUUGUUGCCAAGCAGCCCACGCCUUCACACCCCAAUAAACGAGGCUCCCUGCGAACAAAACCUCUUAAAGUCCUUUCUGCUGCUCCUCGGACCGGUGAUGGAGCCGUCUUGUGAGUCAAUGAGACAUCAUGAGGACCGAAGACCGGCCAGUUGCAAGUUUGUGGAGCUCCAUGUGCUGUGUGUACCAGAAGACCAGUGGAAUGUGAAGCUCAAUAAAGUCCCUGCUGACGCCAUAGAGAGCUUUGUAUCUGCCGGCUUCAUAAGGGUCUAUCCCGAUAUCACCCUGAAAACUCUGAGGAGCGAGUUGGUGGCUGUUCUCGGCACUGAGAGGCAAAUCGAAAAAUGUUCCUUCCUCAAAUGUGUGGGCCGCAGUUUGGCUCUGGUCAAGAGCAAACAGGAGAAGGAUCUGAAAGUGAAAACAUUCGCUCCACCAUAUGCCCCACAGCCGGAACUUUACCUGCUGCCCAGUGUGGAGAUGGACUGCAGCGUUUGCACCGAUUUGCUCACCCCAGACACCAGCAGCAGCUCCCCAGACCUCCAGACCAGUUACCACCCUCCCAACCAGCCACCUGGAACAAAAGAGGGCGUUAAAUUCCCCCUCAUCCCCCAGUGUUCCCAUCAGCCACCUCCCACUCCAGGCCUGCAAGAGGAGGAGGAGGAGGAGGAAGAAGAAGAAGAUGAGGACCCAAGCUAUAGUUCUUCAGAAGCAGAGAACGAAGAGGAAGGUCUCUCUUCCAACAAGUUAGAGUGGGCAGAGCAAGAAUGUUGCCCGAGGAAGCCUCAUAAUCAAAAGGCAAAGCUGCUUGUUUCACAGAAAAUAAGUACAGCUUUACAACGACGUGAAGCCGAUUCCGCUCAGACGACGGAGCCGUCGGAGAUCAAAGACUCCGGCAAAAAGGACAAACAGUCCCACGGGCAUAACGGAGCGGCUAGAGAUUCAGGACUCCUCCAGACCCUGGAGGACAGAGACUCAGGCCUCUCACUCACAGACGGGCACAGCAAAUCAAAAGAUUCACAUGCAUUGAAGCCCAUUAGGACUAAACCAACAAAAGAGGUGACAGAAAGUCCGGUUGGAUUGUCUCGACGUGUUGGGCUCACCUCUCCACCUGCAGGUCGAAAAACAACCGUCCGUCCCGUCUGUCAGACAACCAGAGAGGAACUGAUGGAGGAAAUCAAGCUGGUGAGGGAGGAGAGAAAGGAACGGGAGUGGACAAGGCAGGAGUUGCUGAGGAAGGGGAAAGAUCUGUUGGCUCAAAAUAGACAUCGCAGGAACCAAGCACGUGACAGUUGGAAGAAAAAAUACUUUGAGACCAAGAAGGCCACAGCACCAUUGGAGGAAAAUCUGAGAAAUUUACGGCGAGAGUUGGAGACAUUUUACAACAAACUGCUGCACCAGCUCCAGGCCAGAGAUAACAGAGGGAAGCCAAGACGAUCGGGAAGAUCUCACAUGAAGAAUGAGCUCAUCAUUCAGAUCAUGACAGAGAGCCAUGAGAUUGACAACCUGAAGAGGAAGGUAGAGGAUGCUAAGAUGAAGCUGGUAACGGAGAUAAAGCUGAGGAAACAGGCUGCCACAGAGCUGAAGGCUCUGAAGGUUGAGCUGGCCCAGAAGAGGAGUCAGUCCUCUCAUCCUGUUCCCAUGUCCUCUCUGGGCUUUGGAAAGAUCACACGGGAUCGACGACAAGUUCAAACUACCUCCAUAUAAUUCUGAAUUUACACUUUGAAUGGAACUCCUUGGUUGGGAAACCAGUUGAUGUUAAUUUGUUUGAUUUUAUGCUGCAGUUAGGUAUUUUUCUACAUUUACUUCCAGUUUAUUACUACUACUACAUGUAAAGUUGUGUGAAAUUAUAUUUUUUCAGUUUUAACAGAUUUUAAAAAAAUCAAUGUUUGCGCUUCAUAAAAA